AGCUAAAACUCUAUAUCUGAAGUUAUAGUGUCUUUUUUAAGAUGCUCUAAUCGUUUCUAAUGGAUUGCCAAAGUGGAUAAUAAUCUUUUCCGACAAGAAAAGAAGAAGACAUGAGACUUUUCUCUCUCUCUCAAAAUAACAGAAGAAAGCAACGGUCACAUGCGCGGGUAAACAAAAAAUUAACAAUUCUCUGUGAAGUGAAGAGAGCCGUGACACUAUUUAAACACACUCAGCUCUUUCUAAAGUUUCGCAUCAUCAAUCAUCAUAUCCUCUCUUCUUUCUACUACACUCUCUGCAACACACAAAUGGAGAAACCAUCCUCAAUGAAACAAUGGAAGAAAGGUCCUGCUCGUGGCAAAGGCGGUCCACAAAACGCUCUUUGCCGGUACCGUGGAGUCAGGCAAAGAACGUGGGGCAAAUGGGUGGCUGAGAUCAGAGAGCCCAAGAAGAGGGCAAGACUCUGGCUCGGCUCUUUCGCUACAGCUGAAGAAGCAGCCAUGGCUUAUGACAAAGCCGCUUUGAAACUCUUUGGCCACGACGCUUAUCUCAACUUACCUCAUCUUCAGAGGAAACAAGGGCCUUCUGUGAACAAUACUCAGAGGUUUAAAUGGGUGCCUUCAAAGAAGUUCAUCUCUAUGUUCCCUUCUCGUGGUUUGCUUAACGUGAAUGCUCAGCCUAGUCUUCACAUUAUCCAGCAAAGACUAGAUGAGCUGAAGAGAAACGGACUUCUAUCUCAAUCCUAUUCUUCUAGCCCUUCCUCUGCUAGCUUUCUUGAUGAGCAGAAGAAGCCAGAGAUGGACCUGAACGAGUUUCUUCAGCAGAUGGGGAUCUUGAAGGAUAAGAGUCAAGCAGAAGCAAGUGAAGUAGCAGUGAGUCAUUACACUCCACCAUGGAAAGAACAAGAAGAAAGUGGAGGUCCUUUCACAGAUCAGAGUUUAAGCUGGGAGACAAUGAUUGAUGAGAUGCCAGGAAGUGAAACCUCAGCAAUGCAUUUCGACUGUAGCAAUUUCGGAAGCUAUGAUGAUUUAGAGGAUGAUCUAGGUUUCCCUUCCAUCUGGAACUUCUGUGGAAGCUUAGAUGAGUGAGAGUUACUUCUUGUGGAUCAGGUUCAGAAGUACACGUGUGGAGUUAGGCUUAGUGUAGUGCUUUUUGGACUAGUGUAACAUGAUAGCUGCAUGGAUAGAAAAAGGGAUAUGCUCAGAGUGCAGUCUAAUGAGUCAGUGUACUUCUGAAUAUGAACGAGUUGUUCUGUUUUUUUUUUUUUAAUAUAUUAAUUAAGCAUGUUCUUUCCUUUCUCUAACCUUCAGAUCAAGAGUAAUUAAAAAGUAGUGAAAAGUCAGAGUCGUAAAGAAUGUUAUGUUUUGUGCAUGUAACCAUGCACAAAAGCUUACCUACCAUGGAUAACAAACAGUACAUAAAUAUCUACCUGUAAAACAAGAUGUGCCUUCAAAUAGACCAGCAGCACAAACUUGCUGUCAAGAAGAGAAAACGACAAAUCCGAAUAACACAUAAAAACGACAAAACCGAAUAACACAUAAAGACUCAUCACAUGAUGCAUUAGUACCCUAAUAAAGGUUUCAAUGCCAAGACUAAUCAGAAUCUGAGGGUGGGAGGCAUUAUCCCCGUGACAUUAGUCUUAGAGACUGUCCUAUUCGUUUCAGCAAAUGUUUAAACAAUAUCUACACAUCUUCUGACUGGCUGAAAAGGAUCUUGUAUCAAUAGAGUAAAGAACAAGCAUGAAAGAGUAAACUACAAAAAAAUCAACAAAACUCAUUCCUUAUUAGUUAUUACUCUUCAAACAAUGCAGCAGAUACAUUAGUCACUACAAAGCGAGUAAUCAUCUCAAGUAACUUGAUGCUUCAUCAAAUCUUUAAGUCUGUGGAAGAGCCAAAAAAAAAAGCCUAACCUAAAACUCAUUUAUAUAUAAGGGCAUCACGACCAG